AUGAAGCCGGCGCGCAAGAAGCCAUCGAGGACGGGAGAACCCAAGCCCCGACCGUUUCCUCAGCCCGACGACGUCUCCGCACAACAGCAGAAGCAACGAGACAAGGAGUUUGCCACGCACAAGACACACAUUCUAGCCAACCUGCAGACGAACGCUUGUGACCUGAGCCCUAAGGGCAGCGUAGAUGUGAAGUGCACCCCUGUGAUGAACCUGCUCAACACGCACAGGGACUACGUCACGACAAGCAGCUGCAGCGGGCGCAUCGCCCUCUUUCACAACAUCACGCACAGCGAAGUGUGCAGGACCGACAAGAAGACGGCAACGCCGAAACCGCGCAUGAAGCGGGGCGACAAGGCGGCGCUCGGCUGGGUGUUCGUGAAGCACGGCAUGCUGCACCCGAUAGAGAUGGCUCAGGUGGUCCGCUUCCUCUGCGGGGCAGCCACCACGCCGGAGGAUGUAGCCCUGGAUGCGGCACAGAUGGAGAAGCACGCGGCCCACGUCGCCUCUGUGAGCGGCGGCGCCAACAGCCACGGCACCACCUCUAGCUCUCCGCCUGCUGGUAUGUAUGAUGGCGAGGUGGAGGGAGUGCUGGUGGAGGCGCAAGCAAGCGGAGAUGAGGCUGCGCCGCUGCCCGUUCCUACACGCGGCACCGUGUCGAUCAAAAUGGAGCCGUUUGUCAUGCACGUUGAGUGCCGCACGAUGGAGGCUGCGAAGCUGCUGCUUUCGGCAGCGGUGAGCGACAGCGGUUACCGCAACAGUGGCGUUGUCCCGCCUGGCAAGAAGAUUAUGUGCGGCAUACGCAGCACCGCUGGGCUGGGGCUGGAGGUGCCUGUCGUCCUUCACGGGGUCAACCACGUGGCGUCUCAGCGGGGAUACGUUUGGGCGCUGCUGGGACUCGCGAAUGAAAAGAUGGAAGCGAACGAUAAAAAGAUAAGACUGCUGGAGAAGUUCGUGGCGGCGCGCGUCUUACCGGCCUGA